CUCAGCCGCUCCAUCAAUAGACAGUAUACAACACACUGGAAUCAAGACCUUGAGAUCAACACAUUUGAUACACAAAGAUGAAUCUGCACACUUUUCUUUUUGUGGUGAGCUGUUGUGCCUUAACAUCAUAUGCUUUAGCAAAUGAAGAAAGUGCUGGAAGACAAAUCAUUCUGGAAUCAUUUGAGGAAGCAAAAAAAAUUGUUGAUUCUGCCUACAAAUAUUCUCGGGAUGAGAGUUUAGCAAGGGUGCGCAAAGAUGUGAUCAAACCUUCGGACAAACUUCGUCUGCUGAAACAGCCGGUUCGAAAAACACGUGAAGCUGUGAGAGCCGCAGACUACAUGGCACAAACGCUGAGACUGAUCGCUGAGAAAACUCAUCAUGCACACAAGAGAUCCAUUAAUGCUACAAACUUGCUUACUCCUGAAGAGCUUAACACCAUCAUGCGUCUGACCGGUUGUUCUGCUCAAACCCGGCCUCCAUCUUGUAGGACAACUCCCCUCAUAAACAAGUAUCGGACUGCCACCAAUGUAUGCAACAAUCGGAGGAACCCACUGCUUGGUGCAUCUAACACCCCUUUCGCCCGUUGGCUGCCUUCUCAAUAUGAGGAUAAUGUCUCACAGCCCAAGGGGUGGAACCCAAACAAACGGUACAACGGUGCAGCAUUGCCCCUGGUCAGACUGGUUUCCAAUCGUAUUCUGAGCACUGCAGAUGCCGAUGUAACCAGUGAUCGUGAGUUAACCUUUAUACUCACCAUCUUCGGACAGUGGGUCGACCAUGAUUUGACUUUUACACCCUCUUCACCAAGCAUUAAAUCCUUCAGCAAUGGCCUUAACUGUGACCAGAGCUGUGAGCAUUCUGAACCCUGUUUCCCAAUCCAGGUUCCAAAAACAGACCCCCGUCUGAGUCCUAACUCCUGCAUCCCAGUUUUCCGAUCAUCACCUGCCUGUGGUUCGGGGAACACUGCCUAUAUGUUUGGAGGUUCAGCCAAUGUUCGGGAACAGAUCAACGCUCUGACAGCUUUUCUAGAUGCCGGACAGGUUUACGGGUCGGACGACGGACUGGCGAAAGACCUGCGUGACCUGACCAACGAUGAAGGUCUGCUACGUGUCAACAAUCAGUACCGUGAUAAUGGACGAGAGCUCCUACCCUUUAGCAGCGUAAAGAGCAACCUGUGUGCCACACGUGGGAAAACACUCAAUGAUACGAGUCUGACAGAGGUGCCUUGCUUUACUGCAGGUGAUGUUCGUGUUGACGAGAACAUUGCCCUUACCUCAUUACAUACAUUAUUCAUGAGGGAGCACAACCGAUUGGCUCGUGCCCUCCGUGUACUUAACCCAAGUUGGAGUAGUGAAACCCUCUUUCAGGAGACACGAAAAAUUGUGGGUGCCUACCAACAGGUGAUAGUGGUUCGAUAUUACUUGCCCCUCAUUGUGGGCCCUGACGCCUUCAAAAGACACUUUGGUGCAUAUCCAGGUUACAAUGAGAGAGUGGACCCCAGCAUUGCUAACGUUUUUGCCACUGCAGCAUUUCGCUUUGGCCACCUGGCCCUCCAACCCAUCAUAUUCCGUCUUGAUGAAAGCUACCAGAACCAUCCUCAGUUUCCAAACGUGCCCCUUUUUGAGGCCUUCUUUUCACCCUGGAGGUUGGUCUUUGAGGGGGGUAUAGAUCCUCUGAGGCGUGGAUUGAUUGGCCGGCCGGCAAAAUUAAACACACAGGAUCACAUGAUGGUGAAUGCUGUUAGAGAGAAACUGUUUGCCUUUACAAGCCACAUAGCUUUGGAUCUUGCCUCCCUUAACAUGCAAAGAAGCCGUGAUCACGGUAUACCAGGCUAUAAUGCAUGGCGUCAAUUCUGUGGACUCUCCACCCCAAAAAAUGAGAGGGAAUUGGCUGUAGUGAUGAACAACACUCAACUGGCACGCCAGCUUGUACAGCUUUACGGCAACCCUGCAAACAUUGAUGUCUGGCUGGGAGGCGUCGCUGAGCCUUUUGUACCCGGUGGACGUGUUGGCCCUCUUUUUGCCUGCAUUAUCUCUAUGCAGUUCCAGCGCAUCCGUGAGGGUGACAGGUUAUGGUGGGAGAACCCUGGAGUGUUUACCAAAAAACAAAGAACCUCACUUUCAUCUGCGUCAAUGGCACGCAUCAUCUGCGACAACACAGGAAUCAGUAAAGUUCCCAAAGAUCCCUUCCGUUUCAGCAGUCCUUCCAAUUAUAUUAACUGUAAAAAUAUCCCAGCCUUUAAUCUCAAACCUUGGAGUGUGACGGGUGUCAGUGGCCUCAGCAAUACAAACUUUGGAAAUGAGAUACCGGGUGAAUUUAAUGACCUCCAGGACCCUGAGGACCUCCAGGAGUGACAGGGUAAAUAGAGUGUAGCAGGUACGCCUGGACCUACUAUUAACACCACGGGACAACAAUCAGCCUUCUUUACUUCGCUUGGCCAAAUCCUCCCUGCCUCUGCUAAAACAGUGGUGUUUAGACAGGUCCUUUACAAUGUACAAAAGCAUUAUAACCAAAGAACAGGGGUGUACAAUCAGAAGUCUUUAAACUUGGAUUGAAGGGCAGGUCAUUUUGAGGCUACAGAAAGGAGACUGUGGAUUGUAGUUUCUCUGGUGCAAUUGGUAUAAGCAGUUUCAGCUAUUUCUCUGGCUAUAUUCUCUUCCCUAAAGCAUUUAUUGUACCUUUUUCAUUUAUGUAUCCAAAAAAGAAUUUGCAUACAAAUAUACAUAUCCUUUCAUUUGUUUUCAGAUUGCAGGAAAAAUAUUUUGUAGUUUGUGACAGUUUAUUAUUUUUGUGUAUUGCUUUUAGCCUAUGGAAAAAUAAAUGUAUAUACCAU